AUGGAUUCAAAUCAGUCGGGAUUACUUCACAAGGAGUGCUUCGUUACAAUCGGUGCCACAGCCGGGUUUGAAGAAUUACUCAUCGCUGCUGUAUCCGAAGAUGUCUUAAAUACAUUAGCAGAUCUAGGUUUUACAGAUCUGACGGUUCAGUGCGGUACUAUGAACGAGUAUUUUCGCAAAAUCAAGCCGAGGGAUAGCAAAGGACUCAGAAUCACAAAUUUCGAUUUCAAAGCCCGCGGACUAGAGAAUGAGAUGAAGAGAUGUCAAUCAAGAAACGGAGUCUCUCAAGAAGGGCUUGUUGUUUGCCAUGCUGGAGCUGGAACAAUCCUGGAUGUGAUGCGUCUGGGCCUUCCACUCGUCGUUGUGCCUAAUGUUUCACUUCUCGAUAAUCAUCAAGAAGAAUUAGCGGCUGAGCUGGAGCGUCAAGGAUAUGUAGUCAAAUCUUCCGUCUCUGGGCUUUCGGUGGCCAUCAAGGCGGCCACAGCUAACUCAAGAAAAUCAUGGACGACUUCCAAUCCAAAGAACCGUGGAAUCGCUCCGAUCGUUGAUGAAGUCCUCGGGCACAAAGAGGAAGACACGAAGUUCCGCUUGGAUUAA